AUGGACGGCCAACGACAACAAUAUUUCACGGGCCUGCCUCCACCCCCUCCCCGAGUCCCAACGCAACUCCAAUCGGUCGGAGUUUCUGGCAUGCCACCACCCCCGCCAGGCCCUCCGCCAGUGCAAACAGGCUAUGCUCAAUCAUGGCAGCAGCAGCCUGCCUAUACCCGCCAGGUCAUGACUCCCGGAUACACUCUGCCUCCGCCGCCACCUCAUACUCAGCAUGUCCCAUAUAAACCCGCUAACUUUUCUGCCGUCGACACGUCCUACCCCUCGGCAACAUUUGUCCCCGGAGACACACCCCUCACCUCGGCAACCUAUGUCCCUGGGAAUGACACCAUCGGCGGGUUUCCACCGUUGUAUGAACACUUUCAAGGACGGUCUACCUACGAGCCUUAUGGGCAGCGCCCUGUUGGAGGCCAGGGAUAUGCGGAUACGGCCUACAACCCGCAGACCCCAGGAACAAGAACGAUUAACCCACCGUUUGCCAUCCACAACAAUUUCCAUGAAUUGCCCAAUGAGCAUGUGAACCCGCCGCCACAGACUGUCAACCAGAUGGCUGAUCUUACAAAGUCGCCAAGUCAUCGCCAUAAUACCAGCGGCGCCUCAUUGGGUGGCCUGUCGCCCAGUGAGGCGGCAGCGCAAUGGCCUCUUGAUAAGGUCUUGCUAUGGCUUGCCAGAAACCAAUUUUCUAAGGAUUGGCAAGAUACUUUUAAGUCUUUAGAGCUACAAGGUGCUGAAUUUUUGGAGCUGGGCCUCCAAUUUGGUGGGCGAGGCAAUCUUGGGAAAAUCCACCAGGUCGUCUAUCCUCAGCUGGCUAAGGAGUGCGUCCGCAACGGCACGGGCUGGGACCCGGAGCGCGAACGCGUGGAACGUAAUGAAGGUCUCCGUAUUCGCAAGCUAAUUCGCCAGCUUCAUGAUGGAGCUGCUGAUUUCUCUGUAUCUACCCCUCUGCGCCAGGAGGCACCUAUUAUCGAGUCUGCAUCUGCUUAUAUUCCCCGUGAACCCCGUUCAGCCAUUGAGGGUACCAAUGACAUUACUGCCGAGCAGCUGGCUGCCGCAAAUACCACCGGCCCAAAGGGAAACACGGGAACGCGUUCUUUCACCACACCAAAUCCUACUGGGCAUGGUUCGCCUUACGAGUCCCCUCUACGCGAAACUGCUCCUGGAAGGUCGGAAUUUUCACGUGGUGCCCUUGGAGCAGCCCUUGGUGAGCAUCGUCGACAAAGUCCGUCUAUAUCUAAUGACGCGGCAACAUUCUCAGGAUCGACUCUUCGGGCAGAGCCCAGCCCAAAAAGUGGCAGUCCGGCUGCACAAUUUGCAUCACCUUCACAUGGAGGACAUCCGUCAUCGUCUACUGGAGAUUUGCCAUUUAGAUACGAACACUCCCGUGGGAACAGCACCGAGUCCGUUUCUGGCACUGGCCGAACUGGUGCCCGCUAUUAUGAGAACCGCAAAGGCCCCGAUGGUACUCGCCCAUCACCCCAGGAAGGCCAUAGCCGGCCGUGGAGUGGAGAAACUUCUUCACACCCUAAGGACCAUGGCAAAGGGUUUUUCGACCGGCUUAGAAAGAGGACUAAAGGAACAGACUCGAAUCACCCAUCGCCUAAAGAAUCAGAUCACGAACCCCCGAGCCCGGAUCCUCGCUAUGUGCCUUAUUCAGUGCCUGGCUUCAGCACCAGUGACUUGUCUUUAGCCGAGCGCCCAUUGUCCGUAACGAUACCUAAAUCUAAAAAAUGGGUAUUCGCGACUGUGGACAACUUGAACUACCGCUUGAUUGAUAUUGCGGAUAUGGAUUCACCAGAUGCUUUGCGUGCAGGCAUUUGUAAUAAGCUAGGGAUCUCUGAUUGGGUAGGUGCUCAAAUCGGUCUCACUGAGCCUGGACAAGCCGAUCAUGAUGAUUUCAUGAACGAUGACUGCCUGUUACGCCUUCGAAAACAGAAAUCAGAUCACAAUGGCUUGAGAUUGUUGUUUGUCAAAAGCAGGAAACAUCGUCCCUCUCCAGUGGAUGGCCUUGGGGUUUCGAUAUCUUCAAUAUCUCCCGACAAACAAGCCGUAUCUCCCACGGCCAUGCAUACCCCCAUCAUUCGAAAACCCGUGGGUGAAGAACCGAGGAUCUCGCCUCAGACCCAAGUCAAUCCCAAUUCGCCUUUCUCAGGCUCCAGACCGACAGCACUCAAGGCUACCCCAGGUGGCUCUCAAGCGGAUCACCUCAAGGACGAUCUAUUUGCUCGUCACGAAGCAUACAAACGCGAGAUUGAGCGAAAGCAGGAGGAAAACCAUAUCUCGCGACACCCUCCUUCGCCGCAACUCCCCCGGGAUGCGAACUCUGCCCAUAAUGGUUUCAGAAGUGCAAAGGUAAUCGAUUUUGACAAACCUCGUGAUUCGCCAUUCGAAACAAAGAAAGCUUCCCCGUCCGACGACAAAAAGCCAGAAACACUGGUGCCCUUCCGGAGGCCGCCAGUUGCUCCGAAUGAGUCGAACACGCUCACAAAGGUCAAUUCCCUUCGAAAGCCCCCUGGAACCCACAGUUUAGGAGCUGCCAUCACUGGUGUCGGCCGAAUAAUCAGUGCGACUGGCAACCCGUCGGUCAAUGUCUCCACUCCUUCUUCUGCCAAUCGCGAUAGUGCCAGCUCGGAUUCAGAUCGGCCACCAACCCUUGGCUCCUUUGAAACGGCCUCGAGUAGGACAACACUUGAUCCUGUCCACAGUGGUCCCAGAUUUUCAGGUGAAACGAUCGAUGAAAAUUCAACUGUACCUUUUAUUUCGCCAGCGAAAAGAAACCCCGAGCCUCCAGAACGUCCAACCUUGGAAACUCGGAAGUCGUUUGGUCCAGCGUUUGAAUUUGAGGAGAACGAAGUUUCCUUCCAGCGGACUUCACAGCCAGCGGAACCAGCCGACGAUUCUGAUGACGACUCAUCUGACGAUGGUCUCUUCAUGGUUCCUUUGGCCCAUAAGGUUGAGGAAAAGCCCAAGCCCGAACCCGAGGCGAAGCCCAUGCAGGGACGAACCCUCACCGUAGACACUGAUUUCAAGGGUCCAAGAGUGAGCUUUGCAUCUCCAGUUCCUGCAGACAGCUCUGGUGGAGAAAAUUCCGACAACCAGGAUACUGGAACUUUCUACCACGAUCCCUCCCCCAUUGACGAGAAACCCAAUAGAAGAAAUUCCUUUGCCAAUGGAGAUAUCUGGGCUAGCAGACCCCCUGUGGAGGGCGUUAUCGACAACCUGGACAGCUUCUUCCCGGAUGUUGAUCUCGAUGCCCCCUACCUGGAUGAACCAGUUUCGCCAAAUUCCAAGGGCACCCAUGAUGAUCCAAAUACCCGAGGACAACCGAUGCACCCACCCCCUAUACCAUCGUCCAACACUGAGUCAAGCAGUCUUUAUGGCAUUGAUACCUCAACCAUGCGACCGCAGACAGGAUCCAAGAUAGUAGCUAAUAAGUUGAUGAACCAACGUGGCGGGGGUGGUGGCGGCCUUGGAAGAACCAAAUCUAUUCGACAAGUGGCGCGUGAUUCUCAUCGCACCAAAAGUGUCAGCUCCUCUGGCCCGCAGCAGUCAGGGAUGCUCCGUCGGAAGAGUACGAAGAUGUUCGGCGGCAAAAUCAUGCAAAUCAGUCCGAAACCUGGGAGUCGAAUCAGCCGGCUCGAUCCUAUCCCGCAGGGUACGAGAGAGGGGCCAAGUGGCUCUAUGCAGCAGCCCCAGCCUACAUUCCGUAUUAUCCGUGGUCAACUUAUCGGCAAGGGUACAUAUGGACGUGUUUAUCUGGGCAUGAAUGCAGACAAUGGUGAGGUUUUGGCAGUUAAGCAAGUUGAAAUCAACCCGCGGAUUGCUGGAUCCGACACAGACCGCAUUAAGGAAAUGGUCAAUGCUCUUGACCAAGAGAUUGAUACCAUGCAGCAUCUCGAGCACCCUAAUAUUGUGCAGUAUCUGGGUUGCGAGCGAGGCGAAUUGUCAAUUUCCAUCUACCUCGAGUACAUUUCUGGUGGCUCGGUUGGUAGUUGUCUACGGAAACACGGCAAAUUCGAGGAGAGCGUUGUCAAAUCACUCACUCGACAAACCCUGAGUGGUCUGGCAUACCUGCACGACAAGGGUAUUCUCCACCGAGAUAUGAAAUCAGACAACAUCCUCUUGGAUCUCGACGGUACUUGCAAGAUUUCCGACUUCGGUAUCUCUAAGAAAACUGACGACAUCUACGGUAACGACUCAAGCAACUCUAUGCAAGGCUCUGUCUUUUGGAUGGCCCCGGAGGUCAUUCAGUCAAAGGGCCAAGGCUACAGCGCUAAGGUUGACAUCUGGUCCCUUGGCUGUGUAGUGCUUGAGAUGUUUGCAGGCCGUCGUCCCUGGAGUAAGGAAGAAGCAAUUGGCGCGAUCUUCAAGCUAGGUAGUCUCGGCCAAGCUCCGCCGAUUCCAGAUGACGUAAGCGCGAAUGCCUCUCUUGCGGCUCUCUCGUUUAUGUGGGACUGUUUCACAGUUGAUUCCGCUGAACGACCCACAGCUGGCACCUUGCUCACUCGACACCCAUUCUGUGAAUCGGAUCCAACAUACAACUUCCUCGACACCGAACUGUACGCCAAGAUUGGCUUGCCGCCCUCCUAG